UAGUUUCGAGUGUUGCUGUAAAGGUUGCUGUAAAAGCAGAAAAUUCCACAUUUAAAAAGAAAGUGAAUAACAAAAUGGCAUUAAACGAACAUUUGAAAUACCAGUGGAAAAAUUUUAUUACUUUACUGCUUUUAAAUAUCUUGGCUCUAGUCGCUGUAAACGAUUCUUUGAUCGUUAAGGCUUCGGGAGUCUCUAAAAGUUUUGAAAAAUUUGCAGAAGAAUUUUUCUAUGGAGAGAUGCAGAAAAAUCCCGACAAAUUCAUAUUUGCGCCCUUCGUCGUACAAACUUUUGAAGACAUGAUUGGAUUAGCCUUCAGCGACAAGCCUAUACAGCCCGAUGAAGAGUUCAGUCAAAUUAUAAAGCAUAUCGGGGGAGGUGAUGGCGUAUCUAUAAACUUCACUGUCUACUCGCCCGAAGAACAUGACCUCGACUCCGAUAAACUUGCACUAAUUAGACAAAACUUUCCAACCUUUACAACUUUCGCUCAUAUUUCUAGCUCACAAUCCUGGAUAGCGGACGCUAUAAAGGCACACAAAAAUAUGUUAGAAUCGCUUGAGAAAAUUACAGGUAUUAGGCAGAAAGUUUCCGACAAGUUAAUGACUUCCAGAACAAAAGUUAUAACUGAUUGGCAGAGUCCAUUCGAUCAAACAAAUACAAAACCGGGCAAAUUUAAAACGGAAACUAAUGAAAUAAUCCUACCCUUCAUGCAGCAAGAGAGUACAUGUCGUAUGAGCAUAAACGACGACUUAAAAGCCAAGAUUGUCGAGAUGCCGCUUAAAGAUGAAAAUUUCAAUGUAUGGUUUUUUUUGCCCAACGACCAAGAUGGUAUGAAAGAUUUAGGUGAAAAACUAAAAGCAGAGUCUUUAAAGAAUAUUGACAGCGCCAUGAUCGAGCAAGUAGUUGGUAUCAGGUUGCCCAAAUUCAAAGAUUCAACUGAAAUAAAUUUAGAUGAAGAGAUUACAAAGGCUGGUAUACAAUAUCCACUUGAGGUAAAUAGUGAAAAUCCUGGUGCAAUUAUCGAACGGCCCGCCAUUAAUAUUAGAACUGAUCUAACAAUGUGCGAAAGUCUAGCCUCAAAGGAUACUGUCGAAACGAUCGAUAUUGGAGAGGCAGUCGUGGAUGAAGUAAGCCCGAUCUGCAAUAUGGAUGGUUGCGUUGAAUUCAAUGCAGCUCAUCCGUUUAUCUAUCAUGUCGUGCAUAAAGGAAAUGACAAAAUAGUUCCAAUCGUCAUGGGCUACUUUAAAAAUGUAAACAUUAAUAAAUCAGCAUAAAUUGUAUUAAAGUUUCUUUUUUAAAGAGUGCGAACG